ACAAGAUGCCUCAUUGUAUUGUGUUAGGCUGUCCGCACAAGUGUGGCGAAAAGGAUAAGUUUCCGGGAGUUAUAAUGCAUUCUUUCCCCCGAUCGUUGGAUCGAAUAAAGGCUUGGCUCCUCCAAACUGGUCAGAUGUUUGAAGACUUAGAUGGAUUGGCACAACGUAUCUACGAUGGGAAAAAAACCAACGCUCACCGCCUUUGUUCAGCACAUUUUACAAUAGACUGUUAUAUAGUGAAUACAUUCAACAAAGUUCUUCGACCCAAUGCCCUCCCAACCAUUUUCCCUCCACCUGGGUUCUAUCAUGGCCGUAAGCGGGCACGGAAGCAAAGAAAAACCAAGGAUUCAGGUCAACUUUCCAGCUCGCUGCAUCACUCGCUUUGGCAGAAAUCGUCUGAAAGAGAAGCCUGGACUGAAAGAGAGUAUUUUUUUCAGGGUGCAGAAACCCAGACUGACCGGUCUUGUUUUGAUGCAAGAGAUCGUCCCCGAUAUGACAGAUCUGUAUCGGACAAAGGACUCCAGCAGCUUCUUCGUGAGUGUUCUCGCCUCUUUGAGCACUCUAUGCUAGAUGCUCCCCAGUCUCUGCUUGCUGGACUUAAAGAAGAGCAGGUCCAAUACCCGUGUGCUGAACGUGAAUAUAAGUUCCCUCCUAAACCACAGGAGAAUCCGAGAUUUCUGAGGGCUAUAAAAACUGAAAAUGUUGACGAGCACCCUGUAAACGAACAUGAGGAUGCUAUUCGUCGCGUUGAAAUUGACUCCCCUAUGGAAGAAGUGAGCCAUCUAAUGUUUCCUGGCUUGGAAGACAAAAUAAACUCCAGAUGUCUUCUUAAGGCUGAAGAGAUGCCGAAAUGUGUUGUGAAGGGCUGUCCGCAUUUCAGUGGGAGGAAGAAGAGCACCCCUGGAGUGACUCUACACAUGUUUCCCAAGGACCUGACCACUAUUAAGAAAUGGCUUCUGCAGACUAAGCAGGACUUUGGUGACCUUGAUUUUUUUGCACUGGGGAUCCUGCAAGGAACAUUGGGUAUUCUCCGGAUUUGCUCUGCCCAUUUUGCCCCAGAAUGCUACGCUUUAGUUGAGUCACAAAAAGUUCUUUUGGAAGGCGCCAUUCCGACUAUCUUUUCGGAGAGGGAUAAACCACCUAAGAAAAAGAAGGCUUUGGUUACUCCUGUAUGCCCAAACCUUUACAAGCCUAGAAGUGUGGCGGCAAACAGUGCGUCUAUGGUAAUGAAUAUCACUCCAUGGGGAGUUAACCAACUGGUAAUCCCUGUCAAUAAAAUGAAUCAGGACAAUAAUAUGGUCACGAAUGAUUGUGGGGUGAAGUCUGACAUGUCAGCAGCAAAAUAUAAGCCAAAAGUUUGGCACAGUAACCCGGGAACUCAACCAACAGAUGUUGGAAGUUGCCUCCGUCCCAUGGAUUUACCAGACGUGACACUUCGUGAACAGCGGAGUACUAUCACUGAGACCAGCCCGAUGCUCCCUCAAUGGUCAUCUGAAAAGGAAGACAGAGCUGACCAGUGGCCAGUGUAUGAGAACAAUGUGGGUGACGAAUCCUGGAAAGUUACGCACGACCAUUUCUACAGCGCACCACAUAGUGACAAGUAUCAGGACCCGCAGCGAUGCUCGCCGACAACAGCGUAUAUAGAAAGUGAUGGUCUUGGGAGCUAUUUUGAAGACACUCAUUCAGAGAGUGAACUGUUCGCAAUGUUGCAGAAUGUGGCCAACAUCUUCACGAUUAAUAAAAAUAAGAACCUAAGGUCGAAAAGGAUCUUAAACCAAGCCUUGGAGAUCAUCUCCCUGAUAGCUGGAGAGGAAUGGGUCAUUGUGAACAAGAACUCUAUCCAUCAAGGCGUGCACCAGCUGACCGGAGAGUUUCCCGUGAAGUGUGACGACGUGGCCGUCUACUUUACAGUAGAUGAAUGGAGCUAUAUAGACCAGCACAAGGAUGACUACGCGGACUUUGUUACAGAUAAUAUCCCAAUGAAUCGCACAUGGGAAGUCCCAAAAUAUUGGGAUUCUGAUCCCAUGACUGAGGAUGAUGAUAUAGAGAAUAUCCCAAAUGAAGUAACCUCCUCAGACUGGGAACCAGGCAGCGAAUGUGGCAGCGAAUCUGAGAAAGAAAUAGAUGAAGAGCCCAGCAAGAGCCCUGAGAGACCAUAUAAGUGUGAGAAGUGUGAAGAGGCUUUCCUGGAUACAGAGUCUCUGGAGACACACAAAAUAACACACGUGGAGACGUGCGAGGACUGUGAGGAGCAGUUCAGCUCUAAAGCAGAACUCAUCAAACACCGGGCCGAGAACCACGCUGUCAAACGCUACGCCUGCACCAUCUGCGGGAUCCAGUACGACUACAAGUCUCAGUUCGUCAUACACCAGAGGGCGCACACCGGGGAAAAGCCCUUCGAGUGUGAAGAGUGCGGGGUGAAGUUUGGCUACAAAAGCAGUUUGCUGGUUCACCAAAGGAGGCACACAGAAGGAAAAACGUUUGAGUGCAGCAAAUGCGAUAAACGGUUCGACAAAAGAAGCGAAAUGAUCAAGCACGAGAAGAUCCACACCAAGACAAAGCAGUACAAGUGCCAGAAAUGUGGGAAGACGUUCGUCCAUAAAGGGCGUUACGACAAACACAAGUCAAGCGACAAAGAAUGCGAGAUGGCCAACUGUGAUGAAAUCUACUACAGAAAAAAGUACAAGUGCCGGAAAUGUGAGAAAAGGUUUGUUCUGAAAUGGGCUUACGAGAAGCACAAAUGGACUCAUGAUGGCGAAGACUGAAGACGUUUCACAUCUUUUUGAACAGAGACUUGACUUUUUGGGUUUUGUUUACUUCUGUUCUUUCUCGUUUUUCUAGGUUAUGUCUGGGAGAGAGGUGUGUUUAAGAGUUUGUUGUUGUACCACAUCAUCUCCAUCAGGUUGUCUUGUCAUGUGGAAGUUCUGCUUCCUUCUAGCUUCUCGGAACUGAUGUAACCUGGUCAUCUGGUUGAUGGACCAAUGACCUGGUUGUCGGUGCCAAGUCCAUUCUAGUCUAUAGUUCAUUCAAAGCAAUAGUUACAUCCAUCAAGUGAUUUAGAAAAUAAGGAAAUGUCCACUGUAUUGAUUGGAGCCCCCCUUUGGCUGGUACCUGAGGGGUUGUCCAAACAGAACAGUCUAUUUUUGGGGUGGGGCAUUUAAGUUCAGAUUUCUUCAUAGACAUGCCAAUAAUAUGAAUGAUGGAACCAAACCAUCGACACCUCUGUGGACACCAAUCAUUUGUGAUCACAAUUGAACCAAUGGUCUGUCCGUUUUUUUGUUCUUAGCCAAGUCUACCAGAUUAUUGCCACUGCUGUGGCCCCUUUAAGAGAUUUCUCAGGAACGAUCCAUGAUCAGUAUUACUACUGUUGUAGUGCCUAAUGAUAACAUGGGGUGACGGAGUUGUGCCCUCUGUACAGACGCUUGCCAGCAUGGGAAGGGUAUCCCCCCCCCCAAUUAAAGGGGUUGUCUGGGUUCAAAUCUGAACCUGGACACAUCUCCUCCUUGACCUAGCCAGCCCCUCAGAGAUGAGCAUUUCAUGCUCUGAUGCUAUCCCUUGUCCUGCACUGAAUCGCACAGGGCAAGGGCUUUUUCUGCAGAUCCAGGUGACAUACUAGGUCUCUGCCAAGCGGUGGCUUCCACCUAGCAGUGUUCCGGGUGACGUCACCGGCACUAAUGGACGGACUUUAGCACUGCCCUAGCCUGUAAAACAUAAGUGCCGGUGACAUCACCAGCAACACUGCUAGGUUGAAGCCACCGCCUAGCAAUGUAAACAAAAAAGCCCUUGCCCUGCGCGAUACAGUGGGGGGGGGGGGGGGGGGGGGGGGUAUGAAAUGCUCCAAUUCCCAUCUCAGAGGGUCUGCCUGGGUGAAGGAGGGGAUAUUUCCGGGUUCUGAACCUGCACAACCCCUUUAAAUCACAAUCACUGCUCAAUGUCUGCGCACAUGUGCUGAGGUCAGACACUUUGAACAUAGCCGCCGGUAACAAUGUACUGAAUAAACAGGAAGGCUGUAGUUACUUUCAACUAUUAGGACUUCUCUUCUUAGGUUUUUACACUGGUCACUUUACAUUUUAUAUGUUUAUUGAACUUGUUUAAUAAAUUUGUAUUCUAAAAGAAAGGAAUCGGAUGCGGCUGUU